AGCUGUAGGUACCUUCGCCUCUCGCCAAUUCACCAAGACUUCAAUUAUCUUUUUUUAAGGCUUCACUAUGUCUAAACCAGGAGAUUACAGCAGCCGGACCUACACGCCCGGCACCACGGGACCGGUCAAAAGCGAACCCACCAAGGUCGACGCGUCGGGUAAAACCAAGGAGAAGCAGGACAUGGUGUCACUCAAUGACAAGUUCGUCCAGCUGAUUGACAAGGUAAAAGCCCUGGAGGAUGAGAAGAAGAAGCUUGACACAAAACUGAAGAUCCUCAAGAAGCAGGACGACUACAAAGGGAAGGUGGAUGAGCUCGUGAAGCACCUGGAGAACCAGCUGGAGGAGCAAAUUGAGAGCUUGCUCAAUGACCAGGAGAAACUGAAGAAAGAGCUGGCAAAGAACCAGGAUGAGGUGGAAGACACCAAGAAGAGGUAUGAAAAUGAGCUGCACAAGAAAACUGACCUAGAGAAUGACUUUGUUUUAGCCAAAGAGGGUGUGGAUGAUGGACACUUGGACUCUGUAGAGCUGGCCCUAGAGCUGGAAGACCUGAUGGGAAAGCUGGACUUCCUCAGGGUUGGCUAUGAUGAGGAGAUCAAAGAGUUGGAGUCGCAGGUCCAAAAUGAAACUGUGAUCAUUCGUGACACUGACAAACGGUCCCUAGACAUGGAAGAGAUUGUCAAGACCAUUGAGGUUCAGUAUGCCAACAUGGCUGCACGAACGAGAAAUGAGGCUGAGCAGUGGAACCAGAAAAAAAUGGAUGCUAUGGUCUUAAGUGCAGGACAGCGGGAGCAAGAAGUGCGCGACCUUAGGAGGGAGAUCUCAGAUAUGUUGCGCUCCAUCCAGAGGCUCAAUGGAGACCUCGAUUCUCUAAAACGGAAGGAAGACUCCCUGAAGAAGGACAUCGAUGAUGUUAGACAGGACGGUGAAGAAAACAUUGGCAGGAGCAGAGAGCACAUCAAAAAGCUGGAGGAGGCCUUAAACCGGACCAAGCACGAGCUGGCCCGGCAGAUCUGCGAACACCAAGAACUGCUGAACCUCAAGCUGAGCCUUGACAUCGAGAUCGCCACUUAUCAAAAGCUCCUGGAGGGCGAGGAGGAGAGAAUAUAUCCCCGUCAUCCCCGUGCAGACGUUCACCCGCCAUCGCACCUACACCCUCCAGAGAAGCCACGAGCUGCAGAACCCACCAUCGUUCCGGAAAUCAGCACUCCCCUUCCGGACACCACCAUAAUCCCACCAGUGUUCCCCAAUUCCAAGAAGCGGCUGCUGAUUCGGGUGGAGGUGGAAUCAGGCCGAGUCGUGUCCGAAAGCUCCCAUUACACUGAGUGACUGACUGCAGCUUUAGAACAAAUCCGCAAAAUGUGAAUUAGAUAGUCAAAUUAAAUUAAACUAUUUGAGUUUCCUGAUGUCUUUUAAAGUUAUAAUCAACCUAUUUUAUUUUGUGUGCUUCCUGGUAGAGUGAACGUCUAACACCUGGUCCUUGGCAGGUUGAAUUUCUUCCUUGAAUCUGCGUUUGAAUUUGUUUACAAUACAGCAGUGUUUUGAAAAGGUUUUCUUAUCUUUGGUUCUUCAGAGUCCUCUGGUGUUUCACUGUUUUCUUACAUGUUCUCUGCAUCUGUUUCAGUCCAACUCAAGUGACUUCAACAGGAUUGUGUCUUCAUAAAACAGUAGUUUUUCAUGACAAAAAAAUUACGGAGGUUUUUCUGUUCUGUUGGUUGUUUACAAAGACAUUUGUUUGCUCAAGUAUUCAUGUGUGUUUAAACCUUUUGUACCUAAAAUCCGGCAAAUGAAUCACAAGAAAUCAGAUUACUGGGUCAACUGUUAAUAAAUAAAGCAAUAUGA